UCUCUCUCUCUCUGUGAAGCCUGCAUUUUCGGCUCGGUUACGCUUUUGGAUUGGAUAUGGAGCGUUAGCCCAACCUCGGAAGCCGAUAGAUCGCCCGGAUGGUCUCUGAAUAAUUACCUGCGCUCGGACGGGAGAUACCACCGCCAUCAGUUCUCGGAAUCACUGAAAUGCGCAGCUGUUCGAGGCGAUCUGACCCUUAUGAAGUGGCUGAUGGUCCAUUUCUCCAACGGUAAAGCCGAUCCGACUGCAAUACCCAUUGCGGCAAGGGAAGCAGCAAGAGCCGGGCAUCUGCACGCGGUGUAUUUGCUAGCAUAUUACGACGAUAGAGAUGGAGAAAAUGGGCACAAAAAGAAGAGAAAGGUGGAAUCUGGUAGAAGUACUACUAGCAGCCACCACUUUGAAAUUGUCAGGUGGGUCGAUGAGAAAAAGGGACUCAAAAACUUGUGUACGGAUCGCAUGGAGAUCAUCAUUAACGAAGCUCUCCUCGCUGGCGAGAUCGAACUGGCAAAAGCACUGGUUCCACCGGGCAAAAUACUGCAAGACUACCGAGAAUACAAUUCGCAGCUACAGCUAGUUGAGGAUAUGCUGGAGAGUGGGAAUUACCGGGGCAGCUAUGACAGUUUUUCUUUGCGCGCGAUUCGCACUCUCGCUGGAAAUGGGCGAAUGGUUUCCAUCCAGAAAAUCGAUCAGCAAUGUUCUCCCUUUUCAGUAUCCGGAGCCAUCAUCUGGCAUGAAGCCUUACAAGCAUCGUGCAAAAGUGGCGAAGUGGCCGUUGUCAAGUGGCUCUUGGAGCACGACAUGGGUCGUGAAGUCAUGCAAAGCGAGGGAUCCAAGGAUCUCUUAGUUACUGCAGCCGAAGCAGGCCAUGUGGAGGUGAUGCAGUAUCUCAGCGAGUAG